AAACCGACUCUGGAACUCAGAGCUACAGUCUGUCUGGAGGGUAAGAAGAAAGGACCUGUCGUUCACGGUGGUGUCCAACCAGCAUCGGCUAAACAUUGUUAGUAUGACAAUGUCUUCACAAUGCUUUACAUGUAUAGUCUUGACGACGAUACGUAACGCGCUGUUCAGUGGGUCGAGUGUGGUGGGUUGCUAUCACAGAAUAUCAACAAAUCCUUGAAACUCAAUUGUUCAUGACUUCAUAAUUCUGCCAGCGCCGCACUUCUCUGUCACUUCUUUCGAACGUUUCAAUUUGUCUAUUACAUUUUCACACAUAUCGAAAACUUCUCUCCGUUUCUCUGUCUACAUUGUCACAACCAAGCCUAUAUCUACAAAACAUGAUCUUCGGCCAAGGCCACUUUACCGUGCCCACCAUAAUCAACGGCAUCACUCUCCUAUUCAACAUUCUCUUCUUCGGCUACGUUUUACUCAGGUGGAUUUCCCCCCGAAAAAUACACCACAAGAACUACGACGCCACAAUUCUUGCAGCACGACAGCGAGAGCAACACGCAGCACUACCUACCACGACAGCAUUUAGACACGUCGAGAAUCCGCUCCCUACAAGAAAUGCAGCCGCGUUCGAGCACACCUCAACACAUAAUCCCCGCGGCAGCACCACAAUAUACCCGACUCACGCGACACCACCGCAAUACAUCGAUAUUUACGGCAGCAACCAGCUAUCAGACUUGCCUCGCGCCGCCAAUUCGAAACGCGGGAAAGACCGCGCCGCUGAGAUCUUGCAGACGGAGAAUCCGUACGCGCACGUGCCACAGGCGUCGUCUUCACAGAUCCACGAGGACUCGUGGCUCCCAAAUUACUAUCCGCAGAUGACACCAAAGCCAGCGGUGGCCGAGAAGCCGUUUGACGAGUGGUAUGGCGUGGAAGGGAUGGAAGACUCUGGACUGGUGGCGCUGCGGAGCGAAGGGCCGGUUGUGGAAAAUGGGAGGCUUCCGAAGAGAUCGCAGGAGACGACACGGAGGUUGUUGCCUACGAUAGAGGAGAGGUCGUCUUUUUACGGGGAAUCAUAGUCAUAGAUACAAAGUGUACUAUACGUCCGGUGCGGCAUUGUUUAAUACCUAAAUCUGAUACUCCCAUGCGCAAGUCCUUUGUCAUAUCUCCACCAUAAAUCAAUGUUUAGACGAAGAAUCAAACGCGCGCGGCAUGGAGACAAAGCAGGCGU